AUGGCAGAGCAAGUGAGCAUUGCUGCUCCUUUCCCGGCUCCGCCGCCCUUCUAUAAACACUUCUCGAAACAAAAUCUUGCGGCACUCAGGCAGUUGCGCAAAGCAGCCAGAGACUCCCGCGAUGGGGAUAGUGACGGCAAUAAUGAGCUCGAUGUCUCCUCUCUGCCUUCCGAGCUACAAUACUUGAUACCGCCGGAACCGCCUAAGGACGAGAAGUACAUCAGUUUCGGUAUCGAAAUCGAUCGUCAUGCGCCCGAUACCUCGCUCGAAUCAGCAGGCAUUGAGCAAGUCUAUCUGUCACAUCCUUCCGUGCGUUCAGAUCCGCAACCACAUCUCAUAGCGCUCGCGCGAUCGCUUCUAGCCAGCUUCCUUUCUCUGGUUGGCAUUCUCAGCACGAAUCCCGAACUAUACCAGGAGAAGACGCAGGAUCUGCAGACGCUCAUGUACAACAUGCACGAUCUGAUCAACCAAUAUCGCCCACAUCAGGCGCGCGAAACAUUGAUACUGUUAAUGGAAGAGCGGGUAGAGAGGAUGAGAAGGGAGAUUCAAGGAAUUGAAGAUGCCAAAGAGAAGGUUAGGACAGUCUUGCAGACGUUGGAGAGGGAAGAUUCAACAGUUUCUGGGGAGCGAAAUGAGAAGAGCUUCGUCAAGACAGGGACCGAUCCCAGCACUGCCGAUGCGAAACGAAGGAUUGUGCAACUGCAAGCGCUCCGAGCCAUAGAGGACGAGCUUGGGUGAGAAAUCAUCAAUGCCAAAAGUAAUACGACCGUGUCCGAUGACCGAUAAGGACAAAUCAUGAUAUGCGCUUUGCUGACGAGCGAGUGUAUCUCGCUGUCAGAAGUCGUCUCCUCCCACGCCAUGAACGAGGAGACGGCGCCAAAUUCAAUGUAUCGCGAACUGCCUUAUCAGUGAUGGCCCACCAGU